GCAGGAAGAGCAGCGAUGAGCAGACCUUUGGCCUUCCAUCUUCUUCUCAUCAUAACCACGAAAGAUAAAAAGUAAAAACUUCUUUUCACAAUUACUCUCCUUCCCUUUUCCUCAUAUACCCAUCUCCUCUUUCUUCUUUACUAUCAAUCAAAUUCCCUCCCAAAUUCCAAUUCUCUCUCUCUCUCUCUCUGUUAAUUAAUGGCACCAAAACAAACUCAAACUAGAAAAUAUUACCAAUCUUGCAAAUCCAUAUGCUCACAUGCACAUCUGUAAGAAUUUCACACCCCUCUUGUUCUGCUUUCCUGCUACUCGCUAAACCACUUUAAACAAGACCUGUUUCCUUUCCUCUCUCUCUCUCUCUCUCUCCACCAUGUCGUGUCCCUGGUUCACUGAUUCCAGAAGCCGCACGACCCUUCAAACUCUUCCCAACAGAUCCUCCUUUGUUCCUCGCAUCUCGAAGGAAACCGACGGGCUGCUGGGUGUCAUCCCACAUGGAGAAGAAAGGGAGUAUCAAGAAUCUCAUAAGACGAACAAUGUCGCGGCCGCCUACGAAGACGUCCCCGUGCAGGCGACUGGGUUCGACAUUCCCUCUCAUGUGACGUCAUUUGAGGAGAUGGGUUUCUCUACAAACGCCUUGACUGAUAACAUAAGGAGGUGCAAGUACGUGAAGCCCACCCCUAUACAGAGCUACGCCAUUCCCGUGGCCAUGGCGGGGAGGGACUUGAUGGCAUGCGCGCAAACGGGGUCCGGGAAAACGGCGGCCUUCUGCUUUCCCAUCAUCAAUGGCGUGAUGGAUAUGCAGAGAAGGAAAAGGAUUGUCAACCAUAGUGCUGCAAGCGGCAUUGCCUGCCCUGUGGCUCUGAUACUGGCUCCAACCAGAGAGCUGUCUUGUCAGAUUCACGAGGUGGCAAAGAAAUUUUCUUACCAAACAGGAGUCAAAGUCGUGGUUGCUUAUGGUGGGGCCUCUACUGUCCUUCAGUUGAGAAAUCUGGAAAAGGGUGUGGACAUAUUGGUUGCUACUCCAGGCCGGUUGGUGGACUUCAUAGAGAGAGGCAAAAUUUCCCUUAGGAACGUAAAGUAUUUGGCACUGGAUGAGGCGGACAGGAUGUUGGACAUGGGCUUUGAACGCCAAGUCCGAAAGAUUGUUCAGCAAAUGGAGAUGCCUCAACCGGGUGCUAGGCAGACAAUGCUCUUCAGUGCAACAUUUCCAGCUGAAAUACAGAAGCUGGCAUCAGACUUUCUAUCGAACUACAUAUUUCUGGCUGCUGGAAAGGUUGGCUCAAGCACGGAUCUCAUUGUUCAAAGAGUUGAAUUUGUCUGUGAUGUCGACAAACGAUACCGUUUGAUGAAUCUUCUUCGUUCCGGGAUGACGGAUAACAGCCCUUCUAAGGAUUCGUUGACACUGGUGUUUGUGGAGACAAAGAGAGCAGCAGAUGCAUUGGAACGCUGGUUGUCCAGGAAAGGUUUCCCCUCUACAGCCAUUCAUGGUGACAAAAUACAAAUGGAGAGAGAGAGAGCACUGAGAUUAUUCAGAAGUGGUUGCACUCCAAUUCUGGUUGCAACGGACGUAGCUGCACGGGGACUGGACAUUCCUCAUGUUGCACAUGUGAUAAAUUUUGACUUACCAAGAGCUGUAGAUGACUAUGUUCACAGGAUUGGACGGACCGGCCGUGCUGGCAAGUCAGGGUUGGCAACAGCAUUUUUCAGCGAGAAGAAUGCACCUCUUGCAAAACCACUGGUUGAAUUGAUGCAGGAAACGAAUCAAGAAAUACCCGAGUGGCUUAACAAAUAUGCCAAGGCUGCUUACACCGGUGGUGGUAGUGGCCGAUCAUCAGGCCAUGGGUGCAGUAAAUUUGGUGGCUAUGACUAUAGAAGUGGAGUAGACUGCAAGAAUAGCGACGACUACUGGACCCAACAUGUGGAUAAGGCUUUAUCACCAUAUGUUGUCACUUCUUCCUCCAGUAUUUCUGCAUACAACGAUCGUUACACUUCCACAUCUGACCCCUUCGCGUACAGUUUACCUUAUGCUCCAGAUAUUUCUGCCCCCACUGCCAGUUCAUUUGAUCUGGGCCCAUACAACCAUGUAUAUGAUGGUAGUACUGUUGCCACCGGCUGGGAGUAAACCCUCUUCACAUGUUUACUUCAUGGAUAGUCUCAGAGUAGCAAGAUUGGUACAGCAUAGUUUACUGGCUUGCUAUUCGAAUGACUAAAGAAAUGCGGUAGUAACUGAUUACAGCAACACAAAAAGCUGCUGUUCUUUUUGCUUGCUGAUGAGUAGUUGAAUCAGCUACCUCGACGUAAUGUGGAUGGCAACUGGUUUUAGGCUAUGUUUUGAGGGGCAAUGCCUAGUUUACUGCACUCCCUUUUGAUGCUUUUCCUGAUCACUGUAAUGCGAUGCCGCUUAUGCUAAAUGAAACUCUUAUUUCUUCUGAACUUCGUGCCUUUGCUUUUUUACUGUUUUUUUCUUUUCUAUUUGGUGGUGGGAGCUUGUGAUAAACUACAUAGAUAUUAGUUUUAAUUACAAUCAUUACU